AUGCACCGUGCCGCCACUUACCAGGCCAUCAUCUGCCGGAAGUUCGCAGUGGUGGUUCCCGGCCGCCUGGACCAGCAACAUAUCCAGUACACCCACCAGCUGCGGGGGGUGCUGGGACCGUCGUCUACAGCUCCGCACGCUGCCCGGGGUCAUCUGGCCCCAGCAGGACCACACGGACUCCCUGCUGCUCUCCCACAGCAACAAACUGAUCCCGCAGCCCAUCCAAGCCCUAGCCCCAGCCCCGGCCCUGACCAAGCCAUCCCUCCCAAGAGCCGCCGACGAAGCGCCUGUGGCGGUGGUGAUAGUGGGGUCAGGAAGCCUGAGUGUAGUGGGCGACACAGCCUAUACCAGGACUGGUCAGGGCGUGCUGGACUAGGGGCAGAGGAGGGGACGGUUGUAGCCCAGGCAGCCGAUGCAGGAUUGACCUGGAAUGAGUUAGACUGCCUAGGGGCCACUCUCGCCCCUCUCUGCUGGCAAUAUGGGCUAUGGGCUACCAUCUGGCAGAUCCGCGAAUGA